AUGCAAUUUGAUUGCAUUGAACAGGAUUUGUCCUUUUAUUCGGAUGCUACACAUGCAGCGCAAUCUGACAUACGAAUCAGCCUACCCCCGAAGCAGCUUCUCUCGAUUGUGCUGGAGUCGUUCCUCAAGGACCCGGAUUACACCACCGAUAUCUUCCAUCACCAAUUGGUGUACCACGCCAUGGACCGUGUUUAUAAGGAUCCAUCCAGUCCGAAUGCAGAAUCAUGGGCACUUUGCUUCAAUCUUAUUGUCCUACUGAGUCUUGGCAAGGAGCAUCCUCUCGACUGUCAGGACCCCUUCGUACGACCGAUGCUCCAGGCAGUACAAUCAGCCGUCAGGAACUGGAGAUUGCUAAUGGAGCCCCGGUUGAUUAAUAUCCAGACAUUAUCAUUAUAUGCUGCCCUUGCUGAACAGGGUUACACCAACGAAGCCCUAGGGGGCUCUUUCAUGGCACAGGCUUGUGUUCUUGCACGAGAAGCAGGAUUGCAACAGACUUUCUUCGAUGGAGCCGUUUCGUCGUGUUUAUCAGUGUCAGAAAUGGACGAAUGGCGUAAGGUUUACCAGUCCUUGUAUAUCCGUGACCGGUACUCCAUGAUCGCUUCGGGCUCCCUCAUAUCCCUUGAGGGUGCGACAGCAGGCGUGACUCAUGUUUCAGACCAUCCGGCACAUUGGGAAUUGGCGAAGAUACAAGACAAAGUCCACAAAGCACUUUCUCUCAAUGGGAUUUCACAUUCCGAACGUCGCAACAUACAUUGUGCUACAUUUGCAGUUUGUCGGCAUUCGCAUGCACCUAGCGAUGGCAAGUACGGGUUCUCCCCUAGGUGA